GGAUACAAUAUAAACUGCCACUGCACCAUUCACCAUUCACCACACAACUACCACACAACCGGAACCAACACGAAGAGGCUCGCCUUGGAAAUUCGCGACACCGAUUAUCGCUCAAGAAAUUCGACGACGGCUCUCGAACUGAUCACCAAUUCCAACUGCUUCUGGUAAUCGUUGAGCGACACCGGCUAGGACACCUGCAACGAUUGCAAUUCUCGACGAACGCCGACUCAGCACAAGACAAGAACGAGACAAUACGCAGCGGUUCCCACGUUGCGGGGGAUGAGUGAUAUUGUCCUAAGCCCAUUGGAAUCAGCAAUCAGCAGGGUUGAAAGGCUGUGUCUGGAUUAAGUCUUUGGUCGACGACAACGGGCACAGCUAGAGAAGCUGUGUCGCCUGGGCUUGAUCUAUUGCGUUUCGCACCUGCGCACCCAUCCAGCAAGCAGCCCCUUCGUAGACUCUUUUGACCUACAUCACAAUCACAUACUUGCACCUACUUCGUUGCUACGUCCUGAGGUUGCGAUCACACCAGCAACGAUCUCUGUCCAUAUAUUACACUCCCCUCGCUACACCCGGGUAGCGCGGUGUAUAUAUUUGCCCAUUGAUCACCAUGUCUUCCCCUGUAAAGACGCCCCCGAUGAGCGAGCAAAUACAACAGCUUAACGCUGCCCGCAAAAUGGCUCUCGAAAACCCUGGCUUUUUCAAACAGAUCAUCCAGGGUAUUCUGCCCCUCACGGCCCCGUCUGCUCCCGUGGAGCUGCGCAGAUGGGCCGCCGAUUUCAUCGCAGAAGCGCUCGCUUGUCCAGCUUUGAGGACGCAAGACAAGGAGAACUUGACUCUGGCGAUAGUAGAUGCGCUACGGUCACUGGUGGAAGCUCCUGAUCAGGACCCUCUAGUACUCAAGGCUGGUAUCAUGGCGGCGGCGAGUGCGUAUCCAGUUAUUGUGAGAUGGAUUAUUCUCAACACCUACCACCCCCCUGCUUGGGAGACCAUGUCAGCGAUAAAGUCGAAGAUAUUGUCAAUAUGGGAGAAUACUCCCACGCCGGUCAAGCUAUGCUGUAUCAAGUUUGUUCAACGAGUAAUCCUUGCUCAGACGGCAUCAAACGGCACAGAACCGAAGCAUUCUGGCCUGGAUGUCAACCUGGCUAUGAUUCCUCCUAAUCACAAGUUCCUAGACCCCCGGCUUCUCGAGGCGGAAGCCAUUGGCCUCCUUGACAGAAUGCUCGGUGGUCUCCAGGACAACAGCAGUGAUGCUCUGAUUGUAGAUGCCACUCUCAACACUUUGUCCAUUCUCAUCCGCACUCGUCCUGCCACCUCCAGCCGUAUUACAAAUGCCGUCCUCAACUUCAACCCUCUGAAACUGGCCAACUCUCCCAUGACCCCCAAGAACAAAGUUCUCGUCAAGUCAAUGACGAAGACAACCCAGAUGCUCUUGAAGCAUCUGUUUGUGAGGGAUUCUCAUAAUCCGAUAGCGCCACGCCUCAAUCAACAAUACGAGAGACUUCAGCGUUCUCGUUUGGACAUUUUUGAUGAGGCGAACCGCAAGCGGGCUCUUCCUGAGCAGGCUGCUGCAGGUUAUGGUGAUGUGAAGAGGCAGAAGACUGAAGGAGUCGCACCGCAGCCUCCACUUCGCAUUCAACCACUUGCACCAGGGCCACAUACUCUGGCUGAAGUGUUCAGUCUCACUAACAAUACAGGCUUGCAGGGCUUCGAUGUGACUGUAGUACCUACCUCGUUAACUGCUAGAAUUAAUGUCAGGACGCUGGCGUCACUAGACCAAGGGCAGCUGGAUAUGGCCAUCAAUGGAGUUCGUGACCGAUUGAUUGCUUUGUAUGCUGCAGCACCUGCCGCAGCACCAGUCCCGGUACCGGUCAUAGGAACAGCGACGGCGCAACAAGCUUCGGUUAAUGCCGAGACGGUUGCCUUGGGGGUUGAGGAAGAUGACGACGCCUACGAACCCGACUUCUACGCUGCGGAGGAUACUGAACAAAUACUGAACAAGCUCGAUAACGCGCCUCCGGAGGAAUCACCUGAGCAGAACGCCAAGCCUGAUUCUGCGUUAGCUCUCGGCCCGUUCAGGCUCCCGCCUCCGCCUGUUCUCAAUCCGGAUACUGCUGUCAAGGUCAGCCAGAUCACUGCUAUGCGCAUAUUUGGGCCUCUCUCAGGUCUCGAGGACCCCCUUGUUCGCAAGCCCAAGGCCGGCCUCAACCGAUUGGCCGCCAACUCCCAUGACCGCGACUCAUGGCUUACACUGAUAACGCGCCUUGCAACCCGCAGCACCAUAGGCCUAGGGGACGGUGUCAAGAGCGAGGCUGACGCUACCAGUAGCGCUCUUGGUCGCCCACAGAUGAGCCUGGGCAACCUCAUUCGCGAAAUGCUUUUCAACUACGUUCUCGAAGACUGGCGGCGCCGUAUCGAGGUUGCCGUGGCAUGGUGUUGCGAGGAGUGGUACAACGACCGACUAACAAUUCUUAAUAAACUCGAUGGACCGCUGAAUUACGAGCGGUGCGCGUUGCGUCUCAUGGACGGCUUCCUCAGUUAUAUCACGGCUCAAGACAAGGUUCUCACCCGGUUCCUGUCGGAGAUCCCCCAACUCAGCAAAGAGCUUCUCGGUCGCCUCAAGGGUCUUUGUAGCGAUCCGACUACGGUGCAGCUCGCUAUGACCAGUCUGCUUUAUCUGGUGAUGAUGAAGCCACCAGCGAGGGAGCUAGCUCUGGACACGGUGUAUGAGAUUUGGGUUGAAUACGAGGACGCGCGCCCUCUGGCAGAGAAAUACCUUCACAGGUGGCGGCCCGGAUUCGCCGAGACUCAUGCUGCCGCCGACGGCGCCCCUACUGGCAAUGGUACUCAGGCAAUGACUGCAUGAACCUGAUAUCUGUGUCACAUAAUGUGUGAUUAUUAAGACGGGCGGUAUUUAUUGCCUUCAGAACAUCCUGUAUGGCACUGAUAUUGCUCGCGAUGCUAGUUAAUGGCCAUAGAAACCUCGGUGGGGGAAAGUGAGUAUGAUAUCGCUGCUUGUGCAUCAGGUUACAAGGUCCACGAGCAGCGGCUAUACAAGAGGUGGCUACUGCUGUUAUCAAAAGAAGGAGCAAGAAGAACUCUACAAACGGUGGGCUAAAUAUGUCCUUGAGAACAGUGAUACCAUUUAGAGUAGAUAGAUCCGUCCAGGCAUUGUCGCUGUUCCUGCGGCGGUAGAUCAUUCGUUGGCACCCGGAACGCGAGGAUGAUGUUGGAUGAGGUGACGAGAAGGGGGUUAACGUAUGUGACCCUAAUUCGCGAGAUAUGUGAAGUAAACGAAUUGUCAAGUAUGUCGGCAUUACUUCCGUAGACCGAAAGCAACUACGUCACGGGUCACGGGCCAGCUUUCCCUCGGGCCCGAUCGGAACGAACAGCAGUCGAAAUCGGGCCCGA